AUGGGAAACAUCGGGAUUGGAUCAAGAAACACUGGGAUUGGAGCGGGAAACAUCGGGAUUGGAUCAGGAAACACUGGGAUUGGAGCGGGAAACAUCGGGAUUGGAUCAGGAAACACUGGGAUUGGAGCGGGAAACAUCGGGAUUGGAUCAGGAAACACUGGGAUUGGAGCGGGAAACAUCGGGAUUGGAUCAGGAAACACUGGGAUUGGAGCGGGAAACAUCGGGAUUGGAUCAGGAAACACUGGGAUUGGAGCGGGAAACAUCGGGAUUGGAUCAGGAAACACUGGGAUUGGAGCGGGAAACAUCGGGAUUGGAUCAGGAAACACUGGGAUUGGAGCGGGAAACAUCGGGAUUGGAUCAGGAAACACUGGGAUUGGAGCGGGAAACAUCGGGAUUGGAUCAGGAAACACUGGGAUUGGAGCGGGAAACAUCGGGAUUGGAUCAGGAAACACUGGGAUUGGAGCGGGAAACAUCGGGAUUGGAUCAGGAAACACUGGGAUUGGAGCGGGAAACAUCGGGAUUGGAUCAGGAAACACUGGGAUUGGAGCGGGAAACAUCGGGAUUGGAUCAGGAAACACUGGGAUUGGAGCGGGAAACAUCGGGAUUGGAUCAGGAAACACUGGGAUUGGAGCGGGAAACAUCGGGAUUGGAUCAGGAAACACUGGGAUUGGAGCGGGAAACAUCGGGAUUGGAUCAGGAAACACUGGGAUUGGAGCGGGAAACAUCGGGAUUGGAUCAGGAAACACUGGGAUUGGAGCGGGAAACAUCGGGAUUGGAUCAGGAAACACUGGGAUUGGAGCGGGAAACAUCGGAUUGGAACGGGAAACAUCGGGACUGGACUGUUAA